AUGACACCACUUGGACGCCUCUACCUCUUGAGGGUGCUUAGCGCCCCCCCUGUCUUUCUUCUGGGACUGCUGCUGGCCCUGCCUCUAGGGGCCCAGGGAGUCUCUGGUGCUCGGUUCUCAGCUGCCAGGACGGCACAUCAGGCCCCUCAGAAGCAUCUGAGUCAUGGCAUCCUGAAACCUGCUGCUCAUCUUGUUGGAUACCCCAGCAAACAGAACUCACUGCUCUGGAGAGCGAACACAGACCGUGCCUUCCUCCGACAUGGCUUCUCCCUGAACAACAAUUCGCUCCUGGUCCCCACCAGUGGCCUCUACUUCGUCUACUCCCAGGUGGUCUUCUCAGGGGAAAGCUGCUCCCCCAGGGCCAUUCCUACUCCCAUCUACCUGGCCCACGAGGUCCAGCUGUUUUCCUCCCAGUACCCCUUCCAUGUGCCUCUCCUCAGUGCACAGAAGUCCGUGUAUCCAGGGCUACAAAGACCGUGGGUACGCUCAAUGUACCAGGGGGCUGUGUUCCUGCUCAGUAAGGGAGACCAGCUGUCCACGCACACAGACGGCGUCUCCCACCUGCACUUCAGCCCCAGCAGUGUAUUCUUCGGAGCUUUUGCUCUGUAGAAUCUAGAAAAUCCCAGGAUUGGUUUCCAAGCCUCCGUUCUGACCAUUUUAAGGGCCACACCACCUCUCCUUUGCCUGUGCCCACAGUCUCAAGCCUUCCCCACCAAAAACACUCAGAGCUUUCACAGGAGUCUGGGGCACGCCAGAGGAACCAACCUCAGAUGCUCAACUGAGGAUUCAAGCCUGCCUACAAGUCCGACACAGAGCAGGGUCUAUGUGGGUCUGGUGGGGCAGAGACCUGGACGUGAAGGAGGGGCAGAUGUGGGGAGAUGCCUGGGGACAGGGAAGGGAGGCUAUUUAUGAAGGGAAAGGUUAAGUUAUUUAUUUAUGGAGAAUAGAACGAGGAGAGAAAUUGAGAGGCAUCGGAUGACAACCAGGUUCCAGACACAAAGAGUAAGGUGGCAUCAGGACAGGACUCGUCGAAGGGAGAGAGAAGCAG